AUGGCCUUGUAUUCGCAUGCGAUCGUCUCGAUCCUAAGAAGAGCUCGUGAAGAGAUCAUCAGCCAUGCUAUUCGCGUCUCAAGAGCCCACAAGUCAGAAAUGGCGCGCCGCAGUGCGCGCCUGUCGGCGGGCAACGGGGGAACACGGCCCCAAGAAGAGGCAACUCCAACAUGCAAAACCUUUCGAUUCCUCGACCUGCCAGCAGAGCUUCGCAACAGAAUCUACUCCUACGCCUUUUCGGGAGACCCAACACCCAAAUACAGCCUCGCCAAAUUCCAGUACCCACCGAUCGCUCUAGUAUGCAAACAGAUGCGCUCCGAGUCGCUGCCGAUCCUCUUCUCGGAGUGUCACUUUAUUCUCACCAUCGGCAGCAACUGUCUCAACGCGCACACCUGGCGCAAUGCUGGUAAUCUCGGACUUCAACGCGGUACAAAGCGGUGCCUGCGAAUUCUAGGCAGCGCUGCGGUCUUCCGACACGUCACGUUCAGGAUUUUUGCCGAGACUCAAGCUCAGGGUGCUCGUGAAUAUCUCGAUCUGAGUAGCCGGCUCCAGAAAGAGAUUUGGGCAACACUGGACAUCCAGACCCAUCCCAAGCCAAAUGUCACUACCUUGAACCAGCUCGGAGGGCAUCCAAACUACUUCUGGUGGAUCCGGCAAUCUGCCAUUCUGCCACAGAUCAAUCUGACGCUCCAAACGGCAGAAAGCCUAGUGAAGCAAAUGUGUGAACGCGAGGAGUUCAAAGGUCUGAGACUCGGCGACCUGGACAAGAUCGCGAAGUGCUUUCGCCUCAAGCUUGAUGCAGCGACGAACGAGAUG